CAGCAAAGAAUUCCACUUGACUUUUUUGAAAUCCUUCAUCGUGGCUUCGAUACCUUUCAGAUUCAAAGCCGGAGGCAACGGCAGUAUGCCUUCUUCUACCGUGCAACACUCGCACCGGAGUACCACCAAAGCCUCUCACAAACCAUUCAAGUCCAGGAAGGCGAGCAAAGGUGCUCUGAAGGAGAUUUCCAAAGGCAAAGUAUCAGAUUUGAGCCAUAGAAAGACACCCCAUCAGCAGAUGAUGUCCAAGUUCGACCGCCGAAACCAAGCCAGGCAAAAACAGCAGAACAAGCACAAGGAGCAUUUACGGGAGACGAAUGUGUUUGCAGGCCGAGAUGGAGCGCCUAGGAUUGUUGCUGUUAUACCUCUUUGCGAAGAUGGAGAUGCAGCUGCAGCCGUCCGAUCAUUGGGAGGCAGUUUGGACAUCGAGGCCGAGAUCCCAGAAGAAGGCAUCGUCAGAACGGAUAUCGACCGAUUCAAGCAGAAAAUGCAAUAUCUCGUUCUCAAGAGAGACUUGAUAGCAUGCCUAGAUGCUGGUAGGGUGGCAGAUUUUGUCAUAUUUAUCAUGUCGCCAGAGCAAGAGGUAGAUGCACUUGGAGAGCUGAUCAUAAGAAGUGUCGAAAGUCAAGGACUAUCAACUCUUUUGACAGUAGUUCAAGGCAUGGAUAAAGUAGAGCCUGCCAAAAGAAGACCCCAGGUCUUGUCAUCGCUCAAGUCAUACAUCACACAUUUCCAUCCAGAGCAGGAGAAGGUUCACAACCUAGAUUCGAGGCAAGAAUGUGCGAAUCUUAUGCGAUCUCUAUGUACGACAACACCCAAAGGCGUCAGAUGGAGAGAUGAACGCAGUUGGCUGCUUGUUGACGAGGUUGAGUGGCCAGAGAAUGAGGAAGGACAUACCGUUCUGACAGGAGUUGUGCGGGGCAAAGGACUGAAGGCUGACAGGCUGGUCCAGGUUGCAGAUUGGGGAGAUUAUCAAAUCGAAAAGAUCACGGCGGCACCAUUGGCUGUCAAGAAGAGAAAGGUGGAAGAAAUGGCAGUCGAUGCAGGCAGUUUGGAGAACAUCCUAGAGAUUCCAAGCUCCGAACAAGAUGAUCUCGCAGACCUAGCUCCCGAAGAAGUCGUGAUGGAGGAUGACAUCGAUGCCACGAUGUCUGUUGCGAUGACAGACAAGAGAGGAGUAUUGUUGGAUGAUCAUCACUACUUUUCUGACGACGAAACACACCUUCCCGCUGUGCCUAAGAGAUUACCAAAGGGAACGUCGGCUUACCAAGCGGCUUGGUUUUUGGGUGACAACUUCUCAGAUUCAGGCUCCGAUUAUGAGGAGUUCGAUGAGCAAGGAGAUGUAUCCAUGGAUGCACCAGCUCUACCUCAAGAUGGCGUCGAAGGUUUUGCACCAAGAGAACCUACAGAAGCUGCACCUACCGAAUACCCGCAGUCAGAAAUGUUCCUGGAUCCAAAUCCUGACGAUGAAGCAGAAGCAGAACAACUAGCCGCUUUUAGAAACAGAAAGGUUGAUGAAGCUGCGGAUGACCGAGAAUUCCCGGACGAGAUCGAGCUGCAUCCACAUGUUCUUGCAAGAGAAAGAUUGGCACGAUAUCGAGGAUUGAAGAGUUUGCGUACGAGUCACUGGGAAGAGGACGAAGACAAAGCACAUGAGCCAGAAGAGUGGAGACGACUGCUUCAGGUGCCAGAUUAUAAAUCGGCACGAAGUCAAGUCACUCGUGAAGCUCUUGUUGGAGGUGUACCAGUUGGAACUCGAGUCCACAUCCAUCUGCGAAAUGUCCCUACCUCUGUCAGAGCUUCAUACAAUCCAUCGUGCCCACUUAGCCUCUUCUCCCUUUUGCGCCACGAGCACAAACGUGCAGUUCUCAACUUCAACAUUACUCUCAGCUCCGACUACCCUUCACCAAUCAAGUCAAAAGAAGAGCUGAUUAUGCAUUGUGGCCCACGCCGUUUUGUUAUCAAUCCCUUGUUCUCCCAAGGAGGCACUACGCAAAACGAUGUACACAAAUUCGACCGCUACUUGCAUCCUGGCGCUUCAGCCACUGCCACAUUUGUAGCGCCACUUACAUGGGGAUCAGUGCCUACACUGUUCUUCAAGCGUAGUCUACCAGCCGAUGACAUGGACGACGAUGAAGUUUCGAAUCUUCCUCUCACGCUCAUCGCCACCGGCACCUCUCUCCCACCAUCAUCGUCCCGCGUCAUCGCUAAACGAAUUAUUCUCACUGGUCACCCAUACAAGAUCCACAAGAAGCUUGUCACCAUUCGGUACAUGUUCUUUAAUCGUGAAGAUGUGGAGUGGUUCAAAGCACUGCAACUUUGGACCAAGCGAGGACGAAGCGGAUUCAUCAAAGAGAGUUUGGGUACUCACGGGUAUUUCAAGGCUACAUUUGAUGGGAAGAUCAAUCCUCAAGAUUCAGUAGGUGUUAGUUUGUACAAGCGAAUGUGGCCGAGGAAUGCAAGGACUUGGAACCCUGCUGUUGAGCUGGCAGGAGAGGAAACGAAGGAUGAGGUUAUGGAUGUUGAUGCUGAUGCUGAUGGUGGAGUUCCGGUUUAGAUUACAAAAUAGAUGAUAUGGAUGUCAUGAAUUCUCUUUG